AUGGAUUUCCACUUUGCACCUCAACCUCGCUACAAGAUGCGCGCAUUUGCUAACAUGGACACCUACAGUUCAGACAAGAACCAACGCCGUGUACCAGAAGAAAAGGGUCCCUUUGGAAAAGCACGCAAGCGCGGAACGUCACGAGCGAAAACACCUACUUUGAACAGCGCACUCGAUUCAGCGCAACGCGACAACCAGAAAAUGAUUGACGAUAUCUUUGGGUCAUUCAAGACAGAGAGCAACCAACGCUCAACUCGCGCAGCUUCGGGUACGGUCGCUGCUCUACCACCGUCAGCAUCAGCGCCAAACCUCAUAGACGCCGGUGGUCUAUCUGUUUCUUUCCAAGCCGGCGCAUCAGCGAACACAUCAGCCAAGGAGCCGAAGGAAGUCAUACUAUACGGCUACGCCUCAGAUGUGCAAUGGGCGGCGAUAUCGCACUUUGAGAAGGUAUCAGGCGGUUUGAUAUACGAAGAGUACGACCGCGAGCCAUGGAAUUCCAAAACCGGCUUGUCAUUCAACCCAACCAGCACCAUGCGCGCAUCGAGUAUACGUACAUUGGACAAAUCAGCAUUACGGAAGAUCAUGCAGUAUGUUGGCGGAGACAGCUGGAUAAAAGUCACAUUUGACAGCGCAGAAGCAGCAGAGCGCGCAUGCCACUACAGCCCGCACAACAUCCAGGGCUACACCGUCUUCGCAGAACCAUACCGAGGAACAGGCCCAACCGGCGGCGACCGCGCAAUACGCGCCAAUGUCGGUGGCGCAAUGUCUCAAACCGCUUCACCUAACACCCUGUCCUCAGGCACACUGGGUGCUCGCGGUUCCUCUAUCACAGCGUCCUCGGCAACAGCAACCGCCCCCAUCAUCGCACCCUUCGCCCGCUCAACAACCGAGCCUCUGUUCCGCGCAAGCGGCGCCUUCCCAGAGGAACAAGAACUAGCCCCGACACCGCAAUCCCAACCACAGACCUCUUCCACAACGACAACGACAACGACAGCGCUUGGUCCCCGCUCCGCACGCGCAACGCUCCGUCUUAAAGGCGCAAACGUCAAGCCUGCCGUCUUCCUCCCGCAAGAAAAGGCGUUCCUCCCUUCACAGCCGCGCUGGCAACGGACGGUGGCCGCGGUGCCAGUCAUUGGGUGGGUGAUUGGCAGCAGCCAGGGCAUCAUUGGCGACCAGGUACCGCGCAAGGACGACGGGAGCUUUGACUUUGACAAAGCGAGCUUGUAUUGGAGGACGUGGUAUGCGUUGGAUGCGUGCUUCGGCACGGACUUUUGUGGCGUCAGGGAGGCCGAGUACGACGAGUAG